GGAGAGAAGGCUGAAGUAGCUGGUUGGGACAGACUGGAGCUUCCUCUUCCAGCCACCGCCUUGCGAGACGAGGCAAAAGGCACCGAAUUGUCCUCCCCGCAGGCUGUAGCAUGGCGAAAUACACCAUCUGUAUGUCCACGGGCAGUUUUUUACACUUGGGUGCCCUCGAUUCAGUUUCCAUCUCCAUUGUGGGCACCGAAGGAGACAGCCCCCAAACCAGCCUGGGCAGCUGGCCCUCCAAGUUCAUCAGCGGAGAGGAAAACAAAUCUGAACUUAUUUGUGAUCAGGACCUGGGAGAGAUUUUGCUCCUCCGUCUCCAGAAAACGCCUUUGCUUAAUGUCAUUCCAACCAAGUGGUACUGUAAUUAUGUCAAGGUGAUAUCCCCGCAGGGCCAAAUCUAUAUUUUCCCGUGCUACCAGUGGCUCGAAGGCCACGAAGACCUGGAGCUCAGGGAGGGGACAGCGAAAACAGCCGCCAUGGACUCACUCCCCUUGCUCAAAAAGCACCGAAAGAAACAGCUGAAGAGGAGACAGGAGGACUACAAGUGGAAGACAUUGGCUGAGGGCAUCCCCCGCUGCCUGGCUGUCGAAUCUCCCCAAGAAUUGGACUCGGAUGUCAAGUUUUCUUUUGUGAAGUCUACGCUAUUUAAGACGCGCACCACAGCCAAGCGUGUGGAACUGAAGCUGAAGGGGUUUUCUGAUAGCCAAGAAUCCUGGGAGGAGUUGGAUGACAUCAGGCAGGUCUUCUGGUUCAACAAGACCCCUCUCUCAGAAUUCACCACAAACAACUGGAAAAGCGACAAGUUCUUUGGGUACCAGUUCCUGAACGGCGUGAACCCCCAAAUGAUCCAGAAGUGCACAGAGAUCCCGGGCAAGUUCCCCGUGACCCAGGAGAUGGUGGCCAGUUCCCUGGGCGGCGGCACCACCCUAGAGAAAGAGCUGGAGAAAGGGACCAUUUUCCUUGUGGACUACCACAUCCUAGAGGGGAUCCCUCCGGGGGUCAAUAAUGAGGAGCAGCAGUACAUCACGGCCCCGCUCUGCCUGCUGCACCUCUCCCCUCAGAAAGAGCUGGUGCCCCUGGCCAUUCAGCUGAGCCAGACCCCUGGCCCGGACACUCCCAUCUUCCUGCCCAGUGACUCUGAAUGGGACUGGAUCUUGGCCAAGACCUGGGUGCGCAAUGCCGACUUCCAUGUUCACCAAGCACUCACCCACCUGCUCCGGACACACCUGUUGGCUGAAGUCUUCACCCUGGCCACCCUCCGCCAGCUGCCCAUGUGCCACCCUGUCUACAAGCUGUUGAUCCCCCACACCCGCUUCACCCUUCACAUCAACACGGUGGCCCGAGAGCGCCUCAUUAACAAGGGCGGGGUCUUUGACAAGGCAACCGGCACUGGUUACGAUGGCCUGAUGCAGCUUCUGCAGAAGGGCACCGAAGCCCUGACUUACUCCUCCCUCUGCCUGGGGGAAGAGCUGGAGUCUCGUGGCACGGCCUCCGUGCCCAACUACUACUACAGGGAUGACGGCCUCAAGAUCUGGGAGGCUGUGGAAAGCUUUGUCUCGGGCCUGGUUGACUUCUAUUACAAGAGUGAUUCCUCCGUAACAGAAGAUUCUGAGCUGCAGUGUUGGAUAAAGGAGAUCUUUACGGAAGGGUUUCUGAAUCGGAAGUCCUCAGGCAUUCCCACCUCGCUAGGCAGCGUGAAAGAGCUCAAGAAGUUCCUGACUAUGGUGAUAUAUACCUGCUCAGCCCAGCAUAGUGCUGUGAACAGUGGACAGUAUGAGUUGGGCGCCUGGAUGCCCAACUUCCCCUCCUCCAUGAGGAAGCCCCCUCCGAAGACCAAAGGCACAGCGAACGAGGAGAACUACAAGGAGACCAUCCCCGCGAUCAACACCACCUGCACCAUCCUCAGCACCCUCUGGGUGCUCAGCGCCGAUCCCGGAGACAUGAUCCCCCUGGGGAAGUACCCUGAAGAGCACUUCACUGAGAAAGAGCCUAAGAGUUUAAUGGAGGCCUUCCAGAAACACCUGGAGACGAUCUCCAAGGAAAUUGAGAAGCGGAACCAGCUGCUGGAACCAUGCUUCAUUGGUUAUAGGCACCUUUACCCUCCAGACAUAGAGAACAGUGUCUCCAUAUAGUCAGACGGCUACUCUGCUUUCCCCCUCCCAAUACUUGGUUUUGUGUCUACACACAGCCCUGCUGGCCGCUGUAUUAACUUGCAUCAUUUUGUUAGCUUCAUGAGACCCAGUUUGGUGUAGAAGAGAAGAAGAAGAAGAGAUUGGAUUUAUA